GAAUCAGAAGUGUUGAACAAAAAACAAAAACAAAAAAAAAAAAACGAAAAAAAAGAAGAAAAAAAUUGUAACCGAAGUCUGUAGGCAAUGUCGAGGAGGCCAGUGAAUCCCUCUAGACGUUACGGCGAUGCCGGCGGCGGAGCUGCUCUCUUUUCGCUGUCUAAAUCUCGUUCUCCGCCUUUGCUCUCCAUUGUUCUCAUUGUCCUGGGGGCAUUGCUUAUUGUUGCGUAUUUCCAUAGCGGAUCAGGAUCUGGAGGCAUAAGGAGCCUUGUUUCCAGAGUUGAAGGGGACUUUUCCUGCACAUUUGAGGUUCUACGGGCGCUUCCUAUUCUGAAGAAAGCUUAUGGUGGUGGCAUUCAUAAAGUUUUGCAUAUUGGUCCUGAUUCUUGUUCAGUGGUCUCAAAUUUGUUAAAAGAAGAAGAAACUGAAGCUUGGGGGGUGGAACCAUACGAUAUUGAGGAUGCUGAUGCUAACUGCAAAAGACUAGUGCGUAAUGGCAUCGUGCGUGUGGCUGACAUCAAAUUUCCUCUUCCAUACAGGCCAAAGUCCUUCCCUCUUGUAAUUGUUUCGGAUGCAUUAGAUUACUUGUCUCCAAGAUAUCUCAACAAGACACUUCCAGAUUUUGCAAGAGUAUCGGCUGAUGGAGUCGUCGUAUUUACAGGUUUUCCAGGCCAGCGGAAAGCUAAAGCUGCAGAUGUGUCCAAAUAUGGAAGGGCGGCUAAACUGAGGAGUUCUACUUGGUGGGCGCGGUAUUUCAUCCAGACCAGCUUAGAAGAAAAUGAAGUUGCAGCCAAGAAGUUCAGUCGUGCUGCAGAAAAGAGCUCGUAUAAUCCCAGUUGCCAAAUUUUUCACCUAAGGUCAUACCGCUGAUUUGUUUACAUGGUAAUUUCUGUUUCACCCUUUUGCAGUUUCAUAGUGCAACUGAUAGUUUAAAUUUUGGUUUAAAAUAUUUAUUUUGCUUUCAUUGGCAUACUUUUAAUUCCAUCAAAUAUUCCAUAUAUUCUUUAAUUCAUAUUAUUUUGAAUCAAAA